AUGACCUCACUUCCCAUCAACGAACAACAACCCUCAGAGGAGUCAUCAUCAGCAACCGAAACCAGCAUGAAAGAUCAGCAACAAGACCAAGCUCUAUCAAAUAACAAACAACUCUCGAUAGAUCUCUCAGCGUCUUUGCAAGAAACAUCUACGCCUCAAAUCCUUCCUGAACCCUCAAAGUCUCCAAAAAUAUUUCCGAUACAUAAAUCAAUGGACGAGCCGAUUGUACAAACUGACGAGUUUUCAAACAAAUUCGAACAACAUGAGCAAACCAUCAAGGUUGAGAGCGAAAGACAUGGAGAGAUUACGCAAAUUUCAAGGAAGGACCCCGAGUUAUCUCUUCCAGAGGUUAAUACGCAACAAGCAUAUCUCGAGGAACAUGAAGCUUUGAAGCAAGAAGCUGCAUCAAGCACCUUAUCGCAGAAAAUACACUCUGAAGAGUUUGUAUCCGUUGAACAGCCUUGUCCAAAUGGCAUGAGUGAUAACGUUGCUUCGAAUAUUGUUGAGGUUCCUGUUUCCUCAGAAAAUGCAGAACCUCCUCAAUCAAUACUGGAAGAAAGUGUCACAGAAUCAACAGCAACCCCAAUAGAGAAGGAUAUAGAGGGUACACCCUCCGAGCAAGAGCACGACGCUGAAGUAAUUUCCACAAUUCCGAAGCGAAGUAGUGAAACAUCUGACGGCAUACAAGAAGAAAAUCCAGUUCCAGAAAAUGUUCAAGAAGAGAUUCCACAGUCAGCACUUAAGGUGGAAAGAGAAGAACAGAAAGUGCAAGAAGAAGACAGUGUAAAAUUGUCAAUGGACCAGCAAGUGCACACCACAGAACAGCCAGUGGUAGCAGAGAAUGUAACCUCACCAACAAAACACGAAAAGAAAAAGAAAGACCUAGAGAAUCCAUCGCCUAAGAUGACAGAAGCAGACGCUGUUGUUCGCGACCCUCAGCGCCCUACGGUAGAAAAAACGAAAAAGAAGAAGAAGAAACCCUCAGAAAGAAAAAACGAAGAAAGCAAGCCCGUUCCUAAUGGUCCAACUGAGCCAUUACGAGAUUUCUUGCAAGAAAAACUAGAAGAACAACGACGAUUACGACAAUCCAAGGAAGCACUUCAGCGAAAAUUGACCUUCGUAGGAGAAAAACCUUUGUAUCUGAAAAAGGAGGAAGAGUUUCAAGAGAAAAUGGAGCAAGAAAAGAAAAAAGAGAAGGAACUAUUGAAAGAACUGAAAAAGUUCUAUCUACCGAAUCAAGAAACCCAUAAGGAAAUCAAGCAAUUCGCUCAUAAUUAUGUUGAAAAGCUUCAAAUGCUAACCAAGGAAAAGGAGCGUGAAAGACAGAGAGACCUUGAAGAGAGAAACGGAAAACAUCAGUCAUUUGCGUACAACAAACUUUAUUUUACAGCUUUGGAGGAAGAAAAGGAGAGGAAGAUUCAAGAAGAGCGUGAGAGAGAAAGAAAGAAACAACUCAUUGAACAACAACGAGAUUACGCAGAAAAGCUUAGAAAGGUCAAAAUCAAAAUUGAUGAGAAAAAGCGAAAUGAAAUUGAGCAGCGAAUUCUGUUAAGCAAGAAAAAAGUGCCAAAUAAUGUAGUCGCCAGCCCAACCAAAGUGCCUUCAAAGGAAGAUCCAAGCAAUGAGGUAGACAAAGGUCGAGACUCCCCUCAUACAGUUCCAAAAAAGAAGAAACGAUCAAAACUUCCAUCCAUUGAGAAAAAGAAUACUAAAGCUUCUUCGAGCGAGAAUCUACACCGAGAUCCCAAAAACCUAGGAAAUGAAUACCUUAGAGAAUGUAAAAAGAAAGCGAAAAAGAACGGAAAGAAGGCAAACGACAGAAAAAAGGAAGAAGAAAUAGAGGAAUUAAAACGAAAAAUUGAAAAGAUGGAGAGGAAAGCUGAACAAGUACUGUACAAGGACUCGAUUGACGAUGAUGAAUCAGGAGCUAUCACAGACGCGUUGCGAUCCAAACUCGAAUUGUAUCAAAAAUUUGUAAAUCAGAAUUAA